AUGCACCAUUAUCGUCAGUGAGAGGACACUUGGUGCAACCUGCACGCACUCGCUUGUUUCUGUGACACCUUCACUUGUUGCUUGCUUUGCUUGUUGUGGCGCUCGCUCCUCUGACCGUUCGUUGAUUGCAACGGCCAAGAAGCUCGCUGGGUGAAUAACAUAACCCCUUCUUGGUACACAUACACACACAACACAGAGCAGCAAUAAGCUCGCGCAGAAGCGACAAGCAGCAGCCAUCACCACGCAGGGACUGCUUUGUUCCUCUGAGCGCAAUUGCACACAAACAACAACACACAACACACAACAGCAGCAACGGCAGCGGCGGCGGCUAUGGCAGGGAUGACCACGAUGAUGUCUGUGCGCACAGAAGUGGAUAUUCAGGCAGACACCUUUGCAAACUGGUGUACGUACAUCAUCCACGACCGCCAGCCACCGCCAUACGACUUCUCAAUCAGUGACCUCAAGUUUGACUUGAGGGAUGGCGUGCUCUUGUCGGAGCUGUUGCGAAAGCUCCUUGGGUCUGAUGAUGCAGCGCCCCCCUUUGGCCAGCCUGCCACGCCACAGGAGUGCGUGGAGAACAUCAGGCAUAUGAUUGGCCUGUGCGAGGAGCAAGGGGUGUUUGGGAACGAAGGGUACGCGUCAGCGGAGGCGGCCGGUAUCCGUGUGGAUGAUAUCUACCAGGGGCGGCUGGACGGAACACUGAGCCUGCUCUACCGGCUCAUCUCCCACUUUGACAUCCUCCACGUGCCGCUGUUGGGCAAGAAGGCGAAGGAGCGACAGCGGCCGCUGCCGCCGCCAUCGGACGUCAUUCUGUCGUGGGUGCGCUCGUUUGAGGAUGUGGAGGAGCUCAAGGCAGUGAUGGACUUGACGCAGGCGUGGCGGGACGGCAGGGCGCUGUUUGCCCUCAUUGCUCGCAUCACAGGCAUGGACUCGCACGCACCGCCAGUGCAGCAUCCCGUGCGCGCCGUGACGUUGGCCAUGGACAUUGCUGCCGAACAGCUCGGUGUUCCAGACAUCCUUGCCCCAGCAGAUCUCUGCAACCACAACUGCGACAACCUCAGCGUGAUGACGUAUCUGGCGCAGUUGCGCAAUGCCGUGGAGACACGCGAGUUUCUGUGCAAUCCAUAUUUGUAUCUCCACCUCCUCGCGCCCCAGAAGUCGCGCGACCACGAGGAGCGCCCAAUCUCAGUGAUCCAGAAUGACAGCAUUUUCCAGGAGGUGCUUGACUCCAUCAACAAGCUCGCCCUCUCCCCAGGGCCAGACAGCAAACCCCCAGCGCCGGGGAGCAGUGGAGAUUCGCCCACAUCAAAGGCCAGCACCAACACAGAGGCGAGCGGUGCUGUGGGUGGGAGCAAGAAUGUGAGCCAGACGGGGUCCGUGUCGAGUGUUCAGAUUCGGUUUCCCGGACCGCCACUCCCACCGCGACACAGCAGCGGGGAGGUGCUUGCGCCGUCACGGGCGCCGCCAAAGUAUCCAGGCAACAACAGCAACAGCAACAGCAACAGCAAUAGCGGCAGUGGUGGCGAUGAUGGCAAUGCACUGGAGGAGAAGGAUACGGCACUUGCUGAGGAGGGGCACUCGGCUGACGGCGCAGUUGAUGCAGGCAUUUUGGCAGGAAACGGUGAUGUACAGCCGCAGCAGCAGCCGCAGGCAACGCCGACGACAACGACGACAAAUGUGGAUGGGGUGACACGAGACGUUGCGGGUGAAGAACGCGAGGUGGGGCAGGAGGGGCAGGAGGAAGUGACAGACGCACGCGCUGACGCUGAUGACGUCCCUCACACAGCGGCAGAAGACCAACACGUCGGUGUUGGCGAAACACAAGCACAAGCGCCCUCGCCACAGCGGCCUUCAGACCACGCUGCGACAUCUGCGCCGUCCAUGCUGCGCUCCCCAGCCCGACCCGGCAACUCAGAGUUUUAUCAUCCAACAAUGCCUGGCCAGCCGCCGUUUGUGAUGCGCGGUGGGCAGGCGCGCUCGCAGAUCCUGCUUGCUCCAAACGUGCGCACGCGUCGCACAUCUGCACCGCCACCGUCCACAGCAGCCGCGAUGACGAUGGCGGGGUCAUCAUCGUCAUCGUCGUCUGCAGCGGCGGGCCGCAUCCUGCAGAGCACAUACGCCACACCCAUGAGCAUGCUCUCCAAGCCCUUCAAGGUAUCACUUCGCGGGUGGUUCGGUCGAGCAUGGACGGUACCAGUGCACAGAUUACCGGAUGCCAUCUCCUUCCCCUGCAACCUCGUCCCUGAAGAUACAAUUCCAAUUGCUGCUGGGCCGUAUUGGCUGGUGAUCACGCCGCCGGCUGCGUGUCUGUUCUCGCGCGACACACACGAGCGGGUUGCAGAGUGGCCGCUCAACCACAUUCUCCGCUAUGGCCUUGACAACAACACCCUCAGCCUUGAAAUUGGCGAGCGCAUGAACCCACAAUAUGCAGGCAUGUACACGUUUGAAAUGUCGAAUGGACACCACAUCACCGCUUUCGACACACUGCAAAGAUACACCCAGCUGUGGUCCAGGCGAUUCCUGUAAUCACACCCAUGGGCACCAAACACUCCUUCCCCCCCCCCAUCUCAACUUCUCACCUUCAUGCGCACGUAUGUUAUCUUUUUGUCGCUUCAUCACAUGGCAUCGUUUUUUCCCUCCACCGUUGCAUGCACGUGCGUAUUGGUCCCCUUGCUUCGUCGGCAUGUAUUCCACCACCUUCCAUGUCACCAUCGAUUGCUCUUGUGGUUCUUCAUGUACAUACCCCGACACGCGUAUUGUUGUAUUGCUCCAUUGCUCCCCCAACACCAUCCGCAGCCAGCGACUCUCCUUGUUUGUUCGUGAUCAUGCACACCACCCAGUUCCAUAGCACUCACACCAACACAGCACGCAUUGCUUUGUUGGCAUCUUUUCCACCGCCUUCCAUAUGCAUCCAAGCAUUGUGCAUGCGUAUUGAUCGUUUCAGGCGUGCAACACGGCCUGCUUCCACCGCCUUCUUCGUCCUUCUGCACCUCAGACGUUACAGUUACAAAUUAUUCUCGAAGCGCUCUCUUGGUCGUGCUUUGCUUGGGUGCUUUGCUUGCUUCUGUAGUUGCUUUGUUUGGGUGUUUGUUUGUUUGUUUGUGUUUUUCUUCAGCCUUCUUCCGUUUUCGUUCUUCCUUGCUUGACGAAGAACCUUCUUUCCUGUUUCCUUGGUGGCGUCUUCCUUGCUCGCUUGUCCAUAAGUCCUCAAGUCCCAUACAACGUUCGUGAUCA